GAUGGUUGGUGCUUGAGAAAUUGGUUUAAUCGUGAUGGCAUCCGGAGCCAAGUACGAGAUUGAGAAAUUUAAUGGUGACAAAAAUUUCAGCUUAUGGAGGUUGAAGAUGCAGGCCAUGCUAAUACAGCAGGGGUUGUGGAAAGCAUUAGAAAAGGAAGGCAAGCUACUAGAAACUCUACCAAAGGAAGAGAAUAUAGACUUGAAGGAGUGGGCGUUGAGUGCAAUUCAGCUCUCACUUUCUGACGAAGUCUUGGGGGAGGUUGUAGAAGAAAAUUCAGCUUCUACAUUAUGGUCAAAGCUGGAAGCCCUUUACUUAACCAAAUUAGUCACUAAUCGAUUGUAUCUGAAGAAACGGUUGUUCACCCUCAGUAUGAAUGAAAGUGGUUCCAUCAAAGACCAUCUUGAUGAGUUCAACAAGCUCAUUUUAGACUUGAAGAAUAUCGAUGUGAAGAUAAAAGAUGAAGACCAAGCAAUUUUUGUUUUGUGCUCAUUGCCUGACUCUUAUGACAACUUUGUUGAAACUCAUCUUCAUAGUAGAAAUCAACUCUUUAUGGAAGAUGUCGAGGCGGCCCUGAAUUCAAGAGAAUUGAAGAAGAAGGUGUCCGGAGACAAGAGUGUUCAUAAGAGGGGAAGAAAGUUGGUGGUCUUUAUCACUUACAAGGAAGCACAGUCAAUGGCACAUAUGCUGUGUCAGCUUCAAGCAGUCCAAAUAGAGAUGUUGCAGUUUGGCAAAGGAGUUCAUCGAACUCAAGGCACAGUUGAUUACAUUCACUCAGACUUGUGGGGUCCCUCACCUAUUGCAUCAAAAGGUGGAGCUGUGUAUAUGUUGACCUUCAUUGAUGAUUAUUCAAGAAAGGUGUGGGUAUACACCCUAAAGAGUAAGAGUGACAUGUUCCUCACCUUUAAGCAGUGGAAGAUGCUGAUUGAGAAGAAGACUGGAAAACAAAUCAAGCGUCUAAGAACAGAUAAUGGUCUUGAGUACUACAGUGAAAGGAUGAAUCGUACACUCUUGGAAAGGGCACAGUGUAUGCUCUCAAAUGUUGGAUUAUCAAAAGACUUUUGGGCAGAAGCUGUCAAUCAUGCUAGCUAUCUUGUAAAUCAGUCUCCAUCCACAGCAAUUGGAUUAAAGACUCCAGAAGAAUUAUGGUCAGGUUCUCUUACUAAUUAUUCACAGUUGAGGAUAUUUGGUUAUCCUGUGUAUGCUUAUCUUAGGGAUGGUAAACUAGAGCCAAGGGUAGUGAAGUGCAUAUUUCUAGGGUAUGCUUUCAGAGUAAAAGGCUAUAGAUUGUGGUGUGUUCAGAAAUCACCUUGGUUCCUCAUGAGUAGAGAUGUAACCUUUGAUGAGUCUGCUAUGCUCCAAAAAGUAAAAGAGGAGUCAACAAUUGCAAAGCCAAACCAUGGAGUUAGUAAGCAGGUGGAGUUUGAAGCAAUAACUCCAGAAAAGGCAAUGCGAGAUGACAACAUUGUCCAAGAGAAUCUAGAUGUGGUGCAAGAUCCAGAGCUAACAGAUACUCCAAUGGAGAGAUAUGGCUAUAUAGAUUAUGUUCCCUAUGCUCUAUCAGUUACAGAACCAGUGGAGGCUAAGGAUCCCAACACUUAUUGGGAAGCAAUUACCAGUAAAGAAUCUCUUUAUUGGCUUGCUGCCAUGAUAGAGGAGAUUGAGUCUCUACAUAAGAACCAAACAUGGAAGCUUGUGAAGCCACCAAAGGGACAAAGCAUUGUUGGAUGCAAAUGGGUCUUCAUGAGAAAAGAAGGAAUCCCAGGGGUAGAGACACCCAGAUUCAAGACCAGAUUGGUUGUGAAGGGUUUCACACAACGAGAAGGUAUUGAUUUCCAUGAGGUAUUCUCUCCUGUGGUGAAACAUAGCUCUAUCCCUAUUUUACUUGCCAUGGUUAUUUUAUAUGAUCUUGACUUAGAGCAACUUGAUGUGAAGACUGCUUUCUUGCAUGAUGGUUCUUGGGUUUACUUGCUAUUGUAUGUUGAUGACAUGCUUAUUACUACCAAAAGCAUGUUAAUCAUUGAUGAUUUGAAGAAGCAGGCUAAUGGUGAGUUUGAGAUGAAAGACUUGGGUGCAACUAAGAAGAUCUUAGGAAUGGAGAUUCAUAGGGACUGCAAGGGAGGUAAAUUGUUUCUCUCUCAAAAGAAGUACAUUGAAAAAGUACUUGAGCGGUUUGGCUUACAUGAAGCUAAGGCUGUGACUAUUCCUUUGGGAGCACAUUUUAAGCUUUCAUCAAAUUUGUCACCAGAAACGGAGGAGGAGAAGAAGUUUAUGGCGUGUGUUCCUUAUGUGAGUGCUGUUGGGAGCUUAAUGUAUGCUAUGGUAUGUACUCGUCCUGAUAUUUCACAUGCAGUUAGUGUGGUUAGUCGGUAUAUGGCUAAUUCUGUCGAAUUUGUCGACUCUGAUUUUGCCGGUGAUUUGGACAAAAGGAGAUCAACUACAAGAUAUGUCUUUACUCUUUCAGGGUGUGCCAUUAGUUGGAAAGCUACAUUGCAAUCGACAGUCGCCUUGUCAACAACUGAGGCAGAGUACAUGGCAAUUACUGAGGUAGUAAAGGAAGCAUUAUGGCUAAAGGGUUUGGUCAGUGAUCUCGAGGUAGAACAAAAUGAGAUGAUGAUGUUUUGUGAUAGUCAAAGUGCCAUUCACUUGACGAAGAACACCAUGUACCACAAGAGAACCAAACAUAUUCAAGUUAGGUAUCAUUUUGUCUGGGAGGUUAUAUCCAAUGGAGAUGUGCUCGUUGAAAAGAUAUCAACUGACGAGAAUCCUGCGGAUAUGAUGACAAAGCAAGUAAGUGGAAUCAAGUUCAAGCAUUGCUUGGACUUAAUUAGUGUCCAAAUUGCUUAAUGCCCCUCGAGGCAUUAUGGCACCAAGGGAAUGAAGCUAUUGGUUCUAA